AUGUAUUUCACCAAUUACCUGUUCUUUGAAACUGUUGAUAUAAGAAAUGGUUGGUUCUCAACAUGCAGCUGUCGGGGCGGAGCGCUAGCCACUCCUCGGGCGUCCAUAUCUGCCUUGUUGCGGAAUCGAGCCUUCGCCCUCGUGUCUCCGCGAGCCAUAUCUGCAUACCGGGCGAGGCCGGCUUCAGACAGCGGUCGUGUGGGAGCGCAGUAUGAGAGAGCGGCUGCAAGACCUGGGACUCCUCUUCGCCUUGCAGGGGUCUUCGCUGAUGGCAGUAAGGCGAAAGCACCGAAAUAUGCCCAACUGAUCGAUCCUCAGGGGAAUGUAAGUAAAAAAUCUGUUUUCCUUAGAUUUAAUACAGGAUCUACUGUCCAGGGGAGAGAAAAGAGAGAGACGGACGAACUAUCAUAA